AUGAGUCCAGUUGGCCGAGGCUACACACAGUCAGCGGUAGAGCUGGGAUUUGAACCCAGCUCUUCCGACAUCCCUGUCUCCACUACAGCAGGACCCAAAGAUGAAGUAGAUGACUCUGCCUGCAAAGGGAGAGGCCCCGCCCACGCCCCGCCCCUUUUCGAUGCUGCCUUUCCCGCUCCACAGUGGGGGAUUGUGGACCUCUCUGGGCACCAGCACCUUUUUGGGAACCUCAAGCGGCCCGGGACGGCGGGCGGGCCCGGGGCCGGGCCGGUCACGCCGGGGCCCCUGCCCAGCCCCAGUCCCGGGCCCCCGGGGGCUCCCGGAAGCGGGGAGCUGGGCGCAGGCGCCAAGGACGACAAGGGCUACUUCCGCCGGCUGAAGUACCUGAUGGAGCGGCGCUUCCCCUGUGGGGUCUGCCAGAAGUCCUUCAAGCAGUCCUCGCACCUGGUGCAGCACAUGCUCGUGCACUCCGGGGAGCGGCCCUACGAGUGUGGCGUCUGCGGGCGCACCUACAACCACGUCUCCAGCCUCAUCCGCCACCGCCGCUGCCACAAGGAUGCACCCCCGCUGCCCGGGACCCCGCAGGCCCCGCCCCCGCCGCCGCUGCCCCCCCUGGCCCCUGCCUCCUCCGCCGGCGUGGACAGCGGGCCCCCGCCUCCCGGGGUGGCCCCUGGGGCCCCGGGCGCUGGCGGCGAGGGCCCUUUCACCUGCCCCCUGUGCUGGAAAGUCUUCAAGAAGCCCAGCCACCUCCACCAGCACCAGAUCAUCCACACGGGUGAGAAGCCCUUCUCCUGCACCGUGUGCAACAAGAGCUUUAACCGCCGUGAGAGCCUCAAGCGCCACGUGAAGACGCACUCGGCGGACCUGCUGCGGCUGCCCUGCGGCGUGUGUGGGAAGGCCUUCCGUGAUGCCGCUUACCUCCUCAAGCACCAGGCGGCCCACGCGGCCGCUGCCGGAGCCCCGGCGCCCCGGCCCGAGUAUCCCUGCGACCUGUGCGGCAAGUCCUACUCAGCCCCGCAAAGCCUGCUGCGACACAAGGCGGCCCACAGUGCUGCCGCCGCCGCUGCCGCGGCCGCAGCCCCCGAGGUCCCCAAGGACGGAACGACCCCGGCCCCGCCCCCCACCUUCCCCCCUGGGCCCUAUCUCCUGCCCCCAGACCCGCCGGGCGACAGUGGAGAGAAGGCGGCGGCGGCCGCGGCCGCAGCUGCAGCCGUGGUCUACGGGGCCGUCUCGGUGCCGCUGCUGGGGGCCCACCCGCUGCUGCUGGGGGGUGCGGGAGGCCCCGCGGGAGGCGGGGGUGCGGGGGCCGUGGGGCCGGGGGCCCCCGCUCCGGGCAAGACCUUCUGCUGCGGGAUCUGCGGCCGGGGCUUCGGGCGCCGGGAGACACUGAAGCGCCACGAGCGGAUCCACACAGGGGAGAAGCCCCACCAGUGUCCCGUGUGCGGGAAGCGCUUCCGCGAGUCCUUCCACCUGAGCAAGCACCACGUGGUGCACACGAGAGAGCGGCCCUACAAGUGCGAGCUCUGUGGCAAGGUCUUCGGCUACCCGCAGAGUCUCACACGCCACCGCCAGGUGCACCGCCUGCAGCUGCCCUGUGCGCUGGCCACCCCUGCUGGCUUGGCCCCGGCCGCCGGCCCCGGGGCCGGGCAAGCCUCGGCCGCCGCCGGCGCCGCCCCCCCCGAAGGCCUCAGCUACGCCUGUUCGGACUGUGGGGAGCACUUCCCCGACCUCUUCCACGUCAUGAGCCACAAGGAGGCGCACAUGGCCGAGAAGCCUUACGGCUGCGAUGCCUGCGGCAAGGCUUUUGGCUUCAUCGAGAACCUCAUGUGGCACAAGCUGGUCCACCAGGCGGCCCCCGAGCGCCUCCUGCCGCCCCCGGCCCCUGACGGGCCCGGCCCCGACACCCCGGCCGCCGGCCUGGACAACGGCCUGGCCGGGGAGGUGGGGGCAGCCGUGGCGGCUCUGGCCGCGGGGGAGGAGGCGGGCACGGGAGUCGGGGCGGGGGCGGGGCCCAGCCCUGGGGGCCCUGAGCGCUUCAGCUGUGCCACCUGCGGCCAGAGCUUCAAGCACUUCCUGGGGCUGGUGACCCACAAGUACGUGCACCUGGUGCGGCGGACGCUGGGCUGCGGCCUGUGCGGCCAGAGCUUCGCCGGCGCCUACGACCUGCUCCUGCACCGCCGCAGCCACCGCCAGAAGCGCGGCUUUCGCUGCCCCGUGUGCGGCAAGCGCUUCUGGGAGGCGGCGCUGCUGAUGCGCCACCAGCGCUGCCACACGGAACAGCGGCCCUACCGCUGCGGCGUCUGUGGGCGGGGCUUCCUGCGCUCCUGGUACCUGCGGCAGCACCGCGUGGUGCACACGGGCGAGCGCGCCUUCAAGUGCGCCGUGUGCGCCAAGCGCUUCGCCCAGUCCUCCAGCCUGGCCGAGCACCGCCGCCUGCACGCCGUGGCCCGGCCCCAGCGCUGCGGCGCCUGCGGCAAGACCUUCCGCUACCGCUCCAACCUGUUGGAGCACCAGCGGCUGCACCUGGGCGAGCGGGCCUACCGCUGCGAGCACUGCGGCAAGGCCUUCUUCUACCUGAGCUCGGUGCUGCGGCACCAGCGGGCCCAUGAGCCCGCGCGGCCCGAGCUGCGCUGCCCGGCCUGCCUGAAGGUCUUCAAGGACCCUGGCUACUUCCGCAAGCACCUGGCGGCCCACCAAGGCGGCCGGCCCUUCCGCUGCUCGGCCUGCGGGGAGGGCUUCUCCAACACGUAUGGCCUUAAGAAGCACCGUCUGAUCCACAAGGCUGAGAGGCUGGGAGCCGCCGCUGCCGCCGGGGCCAAGGAGUCCUGAGGGGGUCGGCCCCCCCCCGGCUCUCCCGCUUCUGGGCGUCCUGACCGGCUCGGAGGGGCCUUUCCACCUGCCGACCCCCCACCCUUCUCCCUAAGCCCGGUAGGGGGAGCUUCACUCCAUAGG